GACAAAAGAAAAAGGAAAAAACAACAACAGAACUUUUCAGUAUCUCUUAAAACGUGGCGCGUUCAACAGCCUUCUCGUUGUUCGAUUCUUUCUUACCAUUUUCUGUUCUUUUCUUGCAUUUUUCUUCUCUGUAAAUGAAAGAUAAAUCUUUUCUUCUGCUCGAUACUUUGAUUAGAUUCUGAUAAUGAUACUGAGUUGCUCAGCAAUCCGUCUCUGCUAAUCCAAUCCCACGGCCAUUAGUAUUCUCCGGCUGCAUCUCGAUCCUUUAGUUCCAUUCUUUGGAGCUUGUUCUGUGGGUAAUUUAGAAAUUUCAGUUGUCUAUGAAGUCUGAUAAACCAUGUCAUUUGCUCAAAAGGAAUUCUGUCUCUGAUGGGAUGAAAUUUGGAGUCAAGAUGAAGCAAGUGCAAUUUAUGGGAAUUAUUUGUACAGUAAUGUUGUUCAUUGUAUAUAGGACCACCUAUUAUCAGUAUAAACAAACAGAGAUGGAAUCGAAAUUGAAUCCUUUUGACACGGUAAAGGAGUUUAGAUUCUCUUCCAAGAGGUUAAAAGGUUUGCCCCAUGGUAUGGUACAAGCUAGAUCAGAUUUGGAGUUAAAGCCUCUAUGGUCAACAAGUAGUGCACGGUCAAAGCUUCAUGUUUCUAGAAACCGUAACUUACUGGCAAUUCCAGUUGGUAUCAAGCUGAGGGACAAUGUCGAUGCCAUUGUGCAAAAGUUUCUUCCGGAGAAUUUUACCAUUAUUCUAUUCCAUUAUGAUGGCAAUGUGGAUGGAUGGUGGGAUCUUGACUGGAGUAACAACACUAUACACAUAGUUGCUCAAAACCAAACAAAAUGGUGGUUUGCGAAACGCUUUUUGCAUCCAGAUGUUGUGUCGUUUUAUGACUACAUAUUUCUGUGGGAUGAAGAUUUGGGGGUGGAGAAUUUUGAUCCCGGAAGAUACCUAGAAAUUGUGAGAUCAGAAGGUUUCGAGAUAUCCCAGCCAGCUUUGGAUCCAAAUUCAACAGAUAUACAUCAUAAAUUUACUAUUCGUUCAAGAGCAAAGAAGUUUCAUAGAAGAGUCUAUGACUUUAAAGGCAGUGUGAAGUGCACCAAUGUUAGUGAGGGGCCACCUUGCACUGGAUUUGUGGAAGGUAUGGCUCCAGUCUUUUCAAGAUCUGCUUGGUAUUGUGCUUGGCAUCUUAUACAGAACGAUCUUGUCCACGGAUGGGGAAUGGAUAUGAAACUUGGGUAUUGUGCACAGGGUGAUCGCACAAAAAAUGUUGGAGUUAUUGAUAGUGAGUAUGUUGUUCAUCAGGGCAUACAAACUCUGGGUGGAGGGCCACCUUUUAAAAAGGCUAUGAAACCUGAAGAGUUAGCUAAGAAAAUUCGUGCUGCACCUGUUGAUCUACGAGCUGAGAUUAGAAGACAAUCGACGUGGGAGCUUCAAACGUUUAAAAAUCGGUGGAAAAAAGCCAUCAAAGAGGACAAAGCCUGGGUAGAUCCGUUUAGACGAAGCAGUAGACUAAGAAAAGAAAGUCGCCAAGAUCAAUGAGUAAUAGCUUAGCUGGGUUAGUCUGGAUUCAUCAUCAUCAUCAUCAUCAUCAUCAUCAAUACAUGUAAUUUUAGAUUUUGUUGCCUCCCUCGGAUACCUUACAAUUAAUUCAUUUCUUCAAAAGCCUAUUUUUCUUCUUAAAUUUCACAUUUUGGCUCUACCCCCUUUGUCCUCCUUCAAUUCCAUUUCUUUCUUGGGUUUUAUUGACCCCUUUUUUAUAUACAUUUUAUAUACAAAUCAAAGAUGAAAAUACCAUCUUUGUUAUCUUGUCUCUA